AUGGAUAAAGGAGUCGACGAUUCCAAUAUCCCUCUAAGCGAUAUUGCCCAACGCCAUGACAAGCCGAUUGUCUCGCUCCUCCUCGACAUUCAGAAGACCCCCCAACAGCCCCAGAGGAAAUACUUGCAUUUUAUCAGACGCCUGGAAUGUCUCUCUGUUGACGAGAGCUCCAAGGAGGAACUCGUUCGGUCCGUCGACAGCUUGAAGCCUAGAAGCUGGAGCCAGAGAAUCACGCUGAUACGGCGCGAGAUCAAUGCCUUCGAGAAAAAAGACUAUGUCGCUUUGUCAUAUACAUGGGAAAGAUCCGAUCACGAAGACCAAAGCAGCGGCAAAUAUGCAGUCCAAACUAGGGAUGAACGUCAAUUUUUCCCAUCGCCGGUUCGGGACUGCGUUUUUGACCGCGUGUUAUCGUACAUGCAGGCGAAAGAUCUGGACUUGCUUUGGAUCGACAGGCAUUGUGUCAAACAGAAGACCUGCGGGAAAAAGGGCGUGUGUUACCAUGCGAGAUGCAAUCAGAAGCAUGACGCAAUCCAGACCAUGGACUUGGUCUACAAACUCAGCAAGAACCCCGUGGCUCUGCUCGGAAUGCCAAUCGAGUGGCGGGAUGAACUGGAUCUGUUGGUCAAAGUUCUUACCGGACAGCUUGUCUAUAAACCCCCGGGAACAUCCAAUUUCCAGCUUUCACAAACGACAAGCCAGGACGAAGCCUCACGAGCGCUGGGGUUAUUGAGCAGGAUAACGAAAGAUCGUUGGUGGACAAGGGCCUGGACAUUCCAGGAGAACUACCGCGCAGGGGCAAAGAUGACUCUACUUAUUCGGCAUCCACCCUUCUUGGAGGCGCAGAAAAGAUCAUAUGGGCGUUUCCUUGACGUUCCAUGCGAAAUCUGCAUUAAAUCUGUGGACUUCUGCAAAACCUCUACCGAAUUGUGCCUUGCUGUUCAGGCCCAAACACCACGACAGGCAGAUGCAUCAUGUCAUGCGGAACAAGUUCUCGCAGUGGUAGGGAAGUAUACCGUUUUACUGGACAGGUCAGAGUCUAUGACCCCGUCUGUCAUUGCUGCCAUCCAGAGAAGGAGCCUGGGCGAUGCUUGGGACAAGCCGGCUAUCAUUGCUAAUUGCUGCCAAUACGCCAUUCGGAUGGACAAUUUGGAACUGAAGAGAAUGUCGCAGAGCCUUAGUCUAUCGAUACUGGCGAUGUGUCUUCUCAAUGGAGAGAUUCUCCACAACGGCGUAGAGGAGGAGGAUCCAACCUCUAUGUCCGACAAGACCGUGUCCCAGUACCUGGAGGCUCAAGCAUUCAAGGGGUUCUGUGCUCCCCGCAGCGAGCGCGACCUGACAUUCAAUAAAGGGUGCCGGUUCGUGGAAGUUCAACUCAAGCAAAGUGGCAUCAAGACAAGAGGCCACCUUUGGAAACUUGGCAGGAUCAUUCAUACCGCAAGAUUUCGACUCCCAUUGUCAGGGGCGGAGAAGUCAUCUUGCAGCCUAACCCCAGACAGGCAGGGACGGCUCACUCAACUUGUCGCUGAGCUGAGACUCGUUGGCGAAACUAGUCUUGCCACUCAGAUUGAAAGAUUUCUGAACGACGAUUCCACCAGAUCUGAUGAAGGUUUCAAGAGUGAAGCUUUUCCUAAGCGGUACAUGAAUAUUAUGGCAGAAGAACUGGCUGCGGCGAUCGAGAACGGCAAAUCGCUCCGGCUAGGUCAAAUUUGGGGCGCUCUUGAACCGGAAGUUCCAUGCUCUGCUAUAUUUGUGUGGGAUCCCAGUCGCACUGAGAGAAACAAUGGAGAUAAGCGACGCGAGACCAACACAAGAAGCAAGGGAGACCGAGGAUCGCAGGAAGCAUUUGUUUUCACCGCUACAAGUCCUAUGGAACGUGGUUAUCAACAGCAUGGUACCAACGAUCUAGAUCACCACGUAUCGCUCGAGGUUUCGUGGCCACUCUCAUGGAGGCAAGCCCCUAACCGUCUCCCUCGACUCUACAUCAAAAGUUGGCUUCUUGGAUUAUGCUUCUUCUACGGGUUCCCAAAGACAGACGUUAUUUUCCCAUGGCCAUCUGCUCUUCAGGCGGUUGAUCCUUGA